AUGUCCUCGGCGGGAACCGCCCAGAGGGCCCCCGAAGAUCAUGACGGCAUCAAAUCUGGCGACUCGCCCAAGAAUGCUGGUUCCGCCCGCCCCAAUUUAAAACAAUUUCAUGGCGAUGGCUUGGAUACGGGCGUACGGGUACUAGGCGACGGCCGGCUUGACAUCCGGAUCAACGAGCGCAAAUCCGGCAUCGCAAGCCUCCUCGCCCAUUUAAAACCGCCAGAAAUAGCAUCUGAUGAUGUCGAGCAGAAGGAGGACAGUCCAGAUAUAGACGGGCUGGCUCGCGAUUCGCAAGCUUUUCCGCUUCAUCUCAACAUCGUCAUCCAGGUGAUCGGUUCGCGAGGAGACAUACAGCCGUUCGUCGCGCUAGGCAAGGAGUUGAAGUCGAAAGGACACAGAGUCCGACUGGCUACCCAUCUUUCCUUCCGAGACUUUGUACUAGACGGCGGACUUGAAUUUUUCGAUAUCGGCGGGGAUCCGGCUGAGUUGAUGGCAUUCAUGGUCAAGAACCCUGGCCUCCUGCCCGGUGUCGAAACAAUUAGGAGUGGAGCUAUUAGGAAGCGCCGGCGCGAAAUGAAGCAAAUGAUCGACGGGUGCUGGAGAUCAUGUUUCGAGAUGGGCGAUGGCACUCAGCUCCACCAGAUCAAGGAGGACCCAUUCAGCGACGCGGUGGACUACCGGCGCAGGCCGUUUGUCGCUGAUGCGAUCAUCGCGAAUCCUCCCAGCUUGGCCCACAUACACUGCGCGCAGCGCUUGGGGGUUCCCCUUCAUAUCAUGUUUACUAUGCCAUGGUCACCAACCCAAUCCUUUCCACAUCCACUUGCCACCAUUAACCAUCAAGACUGCAAGCCGACGGUUGCGAAUUUCGUGUCAUACGCCGUGGUUGACAUGAUGGUCUGGGAAGGGCUCGGUGACAUUGUGAAUAAAUUCAGAAAAACAGUCUUAUCGCUGGAUGGGUUGGACAGUAUGACCGCACCCAGUCUGAUACAUCGACUCAAGACACCCGUUGCCUACCUCUGGUCCCCCGCUGUCCUGCCAAAACCAAGUGACUGGGGUGACAACAUUGACGUCUGCGGCUUCAGCUUCCUGCCCUCCAAGGCAGACUAUACGCCAUCCGACGAGCUCGACAGAUUCCUCAAAGCCGGGCCAAUGCCAAUCUACGUUGGAUUCGGCUCCAUCGUCGUGGAUGACCAGGUAUCUUGCGUGAUACACCACGGUGGCGCUGGUACAACUGCCGCCGGAUUGGCACUUGGAUGCCCGACUAUCAUCGUGCCUUUCUUCGGAGACCAGCAGUUCUGGGGCGAGAUCGUCUCGCGGGCUGGCGCGGGCCCACUGCCGAUUCCCCACAAACAACUUACGGUCGACAAGUUGACCGAUGCGAUCAAGCAAGCCCUUGAGCCUUCUACCAGAGAAAGGGCCAAGGAGAUCUCACGGAAAAUGGAGAAGGAGUCGGGCGUUCGGGAUGGAGUGCGCAGUUUUCAUCGGCAUCUGGAUGUGAAGCGAUUACAAUGCUCUAUCUGCCCAUCCAGGCCAGCCGUUUGGGAUCUCAAAAAUACAGAGAUAGGACUCAGUGCCUUUGCAGCAGCUGUACUUGUCGAGAUGGGCAGAGUGCAGCCGGACGACCUGGUUCUUCACCGCUCUAUGGAAUAUGACACUUAUCGCGAUCCAGUGGGACCGUUGAGUGCCUCUGCGCAAGUGUUAUUUGGCGCUAUCUCGUACUUUAUGUCAGGACUUACGAGCGUACCUGCUGAAAUUGUGCAGGAGGUUGUCUCUGCUGGUCGGGCCGUGGGGCAUCCGCACCGAAACACCGAUCCUCAUUCUCGAUGGCAUAUUCACAAGCAUCAUAAUGAAGAAGAGAUGGAAAGCGACGAGAGCUCUGAAGAGCGAAGCAACGCGCCGGCUGGUCCCUCCGAGGAGCGUUCUUCUGGUUCAGCUGGUUUAGAAUCCCCCGCACACGAGCGUGACAGUGUAGGCGGAGAGACCCUUGAAAUCGACCGACGGCGCAGUCUUCAACUCGAGAAACAGCCCACAAUGGGCAGCGAGGUCAUUUCUUCAAAGUCACACGGGGUUUUCUCCGAGGCGAUCACUCAAGGCAAUCGAUUGUCGAUGAAAUUCAUCAACUUGGUCAUCUGGCUUCCUACCGAUCUUACACUCAGUCUUGCCAAAGGGUUCCAUAAUGUACCGAAGCUCUACCAUGACCCAAUGGUGAAGUCGACCCCUCAAGUGACCGGGCUCCGCAGUGGAUUCAAAGCGGCAGGGAAGGUGAGAUUCGAAUUCGAUCCUGUAUUACACUUUUCCGUACAAUGGCUGACAUUUACAGGAACUGCGAGACGGACUCUACUACGGUGUCACGGGUCUCGUGACCCAGCCUCGCUACGGGUACAAGAAGAGCGGUGCGAAGGGAAUGAUCAAAGGUGUGGGGAAAGGGGUUGGGGGGGGUCAUCCUCAAGCCACCCGCAGAUUGAAUCCCAAGACUUGGAUAAAUCAGCUAACCUGUUUCCCCAUGUAGGACUCUGGGGGCUGGCAGGGUACCCGCUAAGUGGGCUACGCCGAAAGCUUUUGGACUCGCUGGGCAAAUCCCAGGAGAAUCGAAUCAUACUUUCGCGCAUUGCCCAAGGGCUAGAGGAGAUGCGAACAUCCUCGGGCGACGAGCGGGCACAUGUAGCUCAGAAGUGGGCCCUUGUGGAGGAGCAGCUCCAGCAAGCUAAUCGCAGUCGGCGCUCGCGCAGCAGCAGUCAUCGCAGUCGGCACUCGCGCAGCAGUAGUGAUACACGCGAUGCAUAA